ACGAACGAACGUAGUUGUGCUCAGGGCUACGUUUGUAGUGUGGAGAAAUCAAAAACUUCUGUUCCAUGUAUUGUGGACUGCAAUACGAAUCAGAAGGAUCUGUGCAUAAGUGCAGACGACUUCUAUAUAGAUUUGGACACUACUCCCCCAUCAACCACUGAGGAAUCGGCAUCUACCGAUGAAUCUUCAACUCCUGAACUAUCUACAAUCCCCGAAGAAACUUCAACCACUGACGUAUCCAUAACCACUGACGAGUCGCCAAUUACAACUACGGAUGCGUCUACAAACACAGAAGAGCCGGCAACAACAGACGAGAAUACAACAACUGAAGAAUCUACAACUAUUGAUGAUUCUGCAACUUCAACAACCACUGAUGAGUCUACAACUACUAAUGAUUCUACAACCACCAAUGAAUUUACAACAACUGUUGAGUCCACAACCACCGACGAAUCGUCAACUACUGACGAAACUACAAGCACUGAAGAAUCUACAACUACUGAUGCCUCUACAACCACUGAAGAGUCUACAACCACUGAACAAACUACAACCACAGCAACUGAAGAGUCUACAACUACUGACGAAUCUACGACCACAGAUGUGUCCACAACUACUGAUGAAUCUACCACAGAACCACUAACAACUACUACUGAAGUACCUACAACUACUACUGAACUUUCUACAACUACAAGUGAAGAACUAUCAACUACUACUGAAUCACCAACCACAACUACUGAGCCACCCACAACUACCACUGAACCACCCACCACUACUACAGAAGAACCCACCACUACAACAGAAGAACCCACCACUACUACUGAAGAACCCACCACUACUACUGAAGAACCCACAACAACCACUGAAACACCGACUACUACCACUGAAGCACUCACAACCACAACUGAACCACUCACCACUACGACUGAAGCACCCACCACUACUACUGAACCACCAACCACAACUACUGAAACACCCACAACUACCACUGAAGCACCGACCACUACCACUGAAGCGCCUACAACCACUACAGAGCCCCACACUACUACCACUCAAGAACCCACCACCACAACUGAAGCUCUCACAACCACUACAGAGCCACCCACCACUACCACUGAAGAACCUACCACCACAACGGAAACACGCACCACUACAACUGAUGCACCCACAACCACUACAGAGGCACCCACCACCACAACUGAAGCACCCACAACCACUACAGAGCCACCCACCACUACUACUAAAGCACCCACAACUACUACUGAAGCACCGACCACCACAACUGAAGCACCGACCACUACUACUGAACCAUCAACCACAACUACUGAAAAACUCACCACUACUACUGAAAAGCCCACCACUACUACUGAACCACCCACCACAACUACAGAAACGCCUGCAACCACUACAACGCCGAGUCCCGAAGCACAAGUUUGUGAAAACGGACCCACAGGAUAUUUCGCAUAUCCAAAUGAUACGGAUUGCAGAAGCUACAUCUACUGUAAUUUCCGAGGAGGCGUUUGGCAAGGCGUUAGGCUUCAAUGCCCUGCCGAAAACCCAUACUUCACUGUUGGAAAAAUUUGUGGACCUGAGAAGCCAACGGGUGUUGGCUGUGUAGAGUGA